UAGAGAACCAACCAGAACAAUACGGAGCCAACACAGAGGCGAAGUGAAGGACUUAAAGGGUCUUGGGACAGAGAAUGUGAGAAUGUGUGACAAUUAGAAAAGAGCAUGGUGCAUUCUUUGAUUUAAGUGAAGAGUAAGCAUCAGGUGAGAGGUGAUUUAAUGGAGCCAUUACUAGCAGGCUUACAUUGAUAAGAACACUGCCAAUCCAGGUACACCACAGAGACGAAUGAGAUAUCACUGUUUUGUUUUGACCAACCUGAGUUGAGGCCGCUGUGGUGGUUGAUUGAUAUGCUGUUUCAGCAGCUGCUCUGGAGGCUCAGAGAAGGGAAGUAGGUACAACAUGCUGAAUAGUCUCCAGUGUUUUACAAUUUACAACAGGCUUUUUUAUACAGCUUAGCUAGGAUUUAAAACCUUUUGUUUAUGACAUAAUUAGGAGUUGGUAUAUAAAGCCAGCAACAUGUUCCAUUUCUUACCAGCAAAGGGCAGCAAUGCACUAAACCUCACUACUGUCUGCCGGAAAUACGAAGUAGAAGGAGCCACCAAGCUAACGGCUAAUGUUGCUAACUAACAGGGAAGUAGCACAGCGUGCGGACUGUUAGCGUUCAAUUUGCGGAAGAAGAGCCCCUACUUGUUUUGAAAGGUGGUUGGACAUUCAUUACCCUGUGUUUUAUAGCUUCCAGGCUUGGAUCCAAGAGGCCUGUGCCAUUUGCCUUGAGCUCGUCGUUUACUCAUGUCUGCAUCCCUGGUUCAGAUUUUACAUUUUUUUCUAAAUUAAGGAAGUGGAAGCAGAAGGAAUCAAUUUUGGAUUGGAACCAGGAUUAAGCUAAGGACCACCUCCAUCGCUAUUUGUGAAAGAAAGAAGUGAUCAAGUCUGCAAGUGCCCCCGUUCUGUGUCAGCAGUACCGCUCUCUCUCGACCACCAUGUCGGAUGGCCGGAUCUAUGUGGGGAAUCUUCCCGUGGAUGUCCAGGAGAGAGACAUUGAGGAUCUCUUCUACAAAUAUGGAAAAGUCCGUGACAUCGAAUUGAAGAACAAUAGAGGCACUAUCCCUUUUGCUUUUGUCCGAUUUGAAGAUCCACGGGAUGCAGACGACGCUGUCUAUGGAAGGAAUGGAUAUGGUUAUGGAGACUCCAAGCUACGUGUGGAGUAUCCUCGAUCAUCUGGUGCUAAAUUUGGCCCUAUGGGAGGAGGAGGAAGAGGUGGAAGAGGAGGAGGAAGAGGUGGUGGAGGAGAAGGUGGAGAAGGAGGAGAAGGACCUAGGGGAAGAUUUGGACCCCCAACUCGAAGAUCUGAAUUCCGGGUCAUGGUGACUGGGUUACCACCAACUGGGAGCUGGCAGGAUCUGAAGGAUCACAUGCGCGAAGCAGGAGACGUUUGUUUUGCAGAUGUGCAGCGUGAUGGAGAGGGCGUGGUGGAGUUUCUUCGCAGAGAGGACAUGGAGUACGCUCUACGCAGACUGGAUCGGACCGAGUUCCGGUCACAUCAAGGCGAGACUGCGUACAUCCGCGUUUUUGAGGAGAGGGGCACCCCAAACUUUAAUCGGUCACGUUCCCGUUCUCGCUCCCGCUCCAGAUCCCGCUCCAGAUCCAGAGGUCGCUUUUCGCCGCCUCCCUUUCAUAACAGAGGAUCUCCCCCUGCACGCUACCAGUCUCCUCCACGCAAUACUAUGUCGCGCCAUAGUCCACCCCCAAGGAGGCACCCGCCACAGCAUAGCCCACCCCCACGUCAUUACCGGUAGAAAGGCCUGCCAUUUAUAGAGGAAUUGGGGGGAAAUGUUUUGUAAUUCUUCUUUUUAUCUUUUUUUUUUUUUAACCCCAGGCCUCCUCGUAUGAUACAUCAUUAUUUCUUUCUACAUACAUUCCGCUGUCAUGAUCACCUGAACACCCUGCUUCUCCCCACGGCCUUAAAGCUUUUUGUCUUUGUUCUAUAAACACCCUUAUGUAUUAUCUGGAGUCGGGAUUGUCGAGUUUGUUUUUUGGUUUUCAUUUCUUCUUAGCGAUGUAAUUGUAAUUGUAUUUGAUUACAAUAUAACAUUUUGGAGGUUUCUUUUAUAAAGAAAUCCUGGGUUGUGAUGUCAAACCUUGACAUGGGUGGUAAUGUUUAUUUUACAAAACAAAUUACUCAAUUCUGCAUCUAUCAGGCUGAGGGUCAUACUGCUUCUUAAGCUCUUGACAAGAUAUUCCUUAUUGUGUGUCACAUUCCUGUAGCUUUAAGUAUGACGUUUUUUGCCAAUUCAAGAACCUGUGAAGCUAAUCAAUAUCAUAGUCCGACGCAAAACGAGUGAGCCUUUUAGAGUAGUGACACAUGUCGACUGUUAGCCUCACUUGCCAGAUUACUUCUCUUUUUUUUUUUUUAAUGUUUGAACCGCUGACUGAGGUGGCCUGUAGGUCUUCAAUGUUGUUUUUUGUUUACCAAUAAAAUGCAAACUUUUA